AUGGACUUUGAUGGACAUCGGAGACACCUGGAGGAGAGCAUGUCUGAGGACGGUAACAGGAUCGGUCGGUCCGUGUCGGAGGAGCUGCGGCAGGCCGGGCGGAGCGCCUCUCCGGCCGGGCACCAGGGCCCCGACACCCCGCCGGCAUCUGCCUGCUCAUCAACUCAACAACCCCUGUUCCAUUUGAAUUUGGGUCCUCGACAAACUGCAGGCGUCACAGAUUUCAUCCACGAGCUGAACAAGCAGCAGUCUGGCUCCUCACGCAGCUGCUCAUCCUCGGGGAGCCUGGGGAGGACGCCGCACAGCCUAGCCGACUCCAUCCUCCUCCCUGCUGGAGAUGAGGAUGUCAUAGUAACCACGGUGUUGUCAGAGGAGUGGAGAAAACCCAAGGAUGAAGACGGCAGGUCGCUCCGAUCCGUCAAGGGAGAAGUGGUGGACUCAUCACCCAAAAAACUGAAGAGUAGUGCGAAGAAAGGCGGCGCCACGCUCCAACCCUCAGACAUCACCGACUAUUUGUUGAAGGUGGAGGAUACCUUGAGAAUUCUGUCUGAGCUGUUGGAAACACAGAGCGAUCUCCUCCUGAAGACAACCUUCGCCAACCAGCCCCAAAACACUCUCCCUACCCCCUGCCCGUCUGUGUCUACUCUGGGCCCGUACAGGACCCCGUCCUCCAUCUUCACCAGGCCCUCGUCCUCUGCCUUUCACACCAGCCAGUUCUGGCAUCCAUCUUCUUGUUACUGCCAAGUGCACGGUCCCACCGGCUGCCACCCGGGUGCCAUGUGCGUGGCGCAGGCCGCGCACACUUGCCACUGCUGCUGCCGGUGGGUGCCAGGACCUCACGCCAGCGUGUGCAGCUGUGGCCCGCACAAGAAGGAAGUGCAGGUUCUCGCUGCCCACAGGGCCAAGGAAGAGCAGCUGCGGCUCUAUCUGGUCUGUUAUCAGGCUAAUCAGGAGGCCAUGAGGUCCCUGUGUUGCUUACAGAGGGUGGUGAGUGCCCUGGCAGCCCAGUGUCAAAGGGCCCAGGACGACAGACAGGGGCCUUGCACCGUUUCCCCCUCGCUCCAGAGCCUGCAGUGCCAGGUGGACAGCAUCACCCACCUGUCUCAUCUUUCUAAUUGCUGUAUGGCUCAACAACAGGAGGAACUGGAAGCUGUAGUCAGUCAGAGACCCACAAACUCACCCAGUUCAAAUGAUGGCUUCCUACUACGCCAGCCGUACAGUGCCAAGGUGAAAAACAGCUGUCGCUGCUGCCAGUUGCCAGAUGACUAGAAAACGCACACUAUUUCCUUUCACAAUAAAAGUCAGUCUCUUUGUGUUUCCAUUAAAAUCUGGUAAUUU